AUGCGUGGCCUACUUCUACCCCAGUCAGAAACCGUCGUCUCCCGCAUUGCCCAAUGUCUAGAUCUAUUGCAAAUUGACUACGCGCUCAUGGGAGGUGCCGCGGUAUGUUUCAUGGCACCACAUCCCAGCCGGCGGACAGAAGAUGUGGAUUUAGUCAUUCAUGUCGACCAGCGCUACAUAACUGCAGAUCUUCUUACACAGCGAUUGCUGAACGCUUUCCCUGCUGAUUUUGGACCGGUCAACCAAUUCGGACAUGUGAUCCCGGCAUUCAGACUACGUUCCCCAAGCGGCACCAUUCAGCUUAUCGAGUUGGAGGUUUUCGAUCACGCUAGCUGGCCACAAAGGCCGCAGUAUAAUAUUCAGACGGCGAGCGACACGUGUGACCAGGACUAUCAACGGAUAUCCCGUGAAGAUCUUCGGAGCUGA